GCUCACGUGUACUUUACCCGAAGUGUGUUGAAAUGUAAACAAAACAGCCGCCCCGCGAUCUGCGCGCGAUGAAGGUCGCGGAACAGAGUUUACUCCGGGAGCGCGUCUUCCGCAUGCUGGAGGGACAGCAUUCGAAGUCGGAAGUUGCAAGGCAUUUUUUUGCCGAGGGUCACAAGAAAUCAACAAUUUAUAACAUGAUCGCCCGGUUCCACGCGGGUGGAUCGAUAACCAACAACAAAAAACCAGGUCGACGAAGUAGAAUGGGCACCGCCAUCAAGAGGACCGUAUUGGAAGCUGCCGCCAAGAACGAAACAGGCGUCAGCACCAGACAGCUGGCCAAGCAGUUCGACAUGUCGCAGAGCACGGUGGCGAGAAUCCUGAGGAUGAAGGACGUGCAAGGACAGUACAAGGAGGAAGAACAGCUGCCUGAGUUUGGGUUUUCGACAAAUGAGGAACCAUUAUACACCGAUAGUAUAAAAUCUGAAUGCUCAGCAGGAAUCGAAGAUGUCUCGACAGAGGCUGAAGACAAACAACGAUUAGCAGAUCCUUCCAAUCUGGUUUUACCAGUAGAAAGCAAUGGUAUCAAAACUGAAACACAGGCAGAUGACACGAUGCAGUGUGGAGAAGAGUACGUUAAUAAUGCACCUGAUGACACUAGUUGCAAAUAUCACCAUCUCAACGCAGUCAAAGUACCGGAAAGCUUUGGGAUCAAAACUGAAACACAGGCAGAUGACACGAUGCAGUGUCGAGAAGAGUACGUUAAUAAUGCACCUGAUGACACUAGUUGCAAAGAUCACCAUCUCAACGCAGUCAAAGUACCGGAAGGCAAUUUUCUUAUAAAAUUCCUCAAAUCGGAACCUACAGACUCAGAUGACUAUGAUGAACCUGCUCAAAUCAGUAGCACAUCAUGCAAUGAUUUCACGACUGACGCUCAGUGUUCGUCGAUCAAAACCGAAAUUGAGUUUACUGAAGCAACCAUUCCUGAAGAACCUAAAGUGCGCUGUAAAUUUUGCCAAAAGCAAUUCGAAAGCGAAACGGAUCGAUUCGAGCACCACAAAAUAUGCAUUCAUAAUAAAUCUAUGCCACUCAGCAACAAAAAGCUCCAUUUGAUGUUGAUCAAACGUCCUUACUUUGUCGACGACGGUAAAUACAUGUGCUCGUAUUGUAGAGAACUGAACCCUUACGCCUCAAUGGAUUCAUUAUCUGUUCAUCAAGUAAACUUCCACGGCGUGUUUGAUGAUGCUUUUUGCCGAAAAACGCCCGACGGAAGCCUAAUUGAUCAGCCUCAAAUGGAGCAUCACUGUGAAGGUUGCGGUUACUGGUUCUUGUUCAAAAAACUUCUGGACCAUCAUGAAUGCGGCAUCCCAAAGAUAUUACGCUGCAAUCUGUGCCGUGCCUCUUUUCGGCUCAAGUGUAGCUUAAUGAUGCAUCAAAAAACUCAUAAAGCACAGAAAAAAUCAAAUGAACAAGACGGCUCGGGCUCCAAUGACGAUGAAUUUUUCUGCGAUCUAUGUGACCGGAAGUUCUUCGACAAGAAAAGUCUAACAGCACACAAAACGACAUCUCACGACAACGAAUUGGAGCGGAAACAGCGAAUAAAGUGCGAAUACUGUAGCUCGUGGCUUGCUACAGCGCAAUCCCUGGAAGUACACUACACGAUAUGUAGUCGCAGGAAUAAAUACCAAUGUAAAAUUAGCAAGGCAAAUUCAAUUUCCAAAGAUCUGGAAAACUGUUACGGUCACGAGUCGGGCCAAUUGGAGAGCCUUGAUUACUUGUGUGAUAUCUGUACCAUAAGGUUUACUUCUGCGGGACUUUUGGAGGCACACAAACUCUCCGUACAUUACCAAAAACCGCUGUACCGGUGCACCUUGUGCGACAAAACCUUUCACAACACUUCGGCGUGCUUCGGACAUCGAAAAAUGGAUCACGCAGACGAAUUACGCCGAGCGAAUAAACCACUGCAUAGAUUCGCCUUUAUUGAAAAAAUAAGCUAUGCGGAAUAGUUGGACUUUUUUUUUAGUUUGAGAGUUGGAGAUAAUUUAUAACAGUUUCAUGGUUAAAAUUACCGGGUUAUUUAUAACGUUUAAUAUUUUCAAAAAUAUAAAGAAAGUGGUAAUAGCGUAUGCAAAUGUUUUUUUUUAUAUUAAAAGAUACGCUUUGAGAGACCUGAAAAAACGCCUUUUGCCAGAGAAAUUUUGUCAUUCUAAAAACAUUUUGUCAUUCUAGAAGCAUCUUCUAGAAAAUUUGCUUUUCACAAAAGGCCUACAGCUGCCGUUCUAAGCAAGAUUGUCCCAUGUGGAAAAACGUGCAAACGACAAAAACGCGAUUGAAAUAUCAGCUAUAUUUCCAAUUUUUCUCUCUAACUAAAAAUUCACCGACAGUUUUUUCGUAGUGAACAGUUCAAGUCAAUCAUUUUACAAUGUUUUCUGCCAAAAAAUUACAUUUCCUACAAAGAAAAACAGCAAAUUAGAGCCAAAAAUGCUCCGUGUGACACUUUUGCGUAGAAUCAGAACGCAUCCCGAUGCUAGUUCUACGAAAAACUGUCACACGGCUACAAUGUGUCUAUCAUUUUAAAAGCUUGCGUAGUUUAUUUUGUUCCCAAAAACUCAU